AUGACGGCACAAGGAGGAAGGAUUGUCACCAUGGAAACCCCGGAGGCCCCCGUGCCCCUGACAGCUCUGUCACGCUGGUACCUCUACGCCAUCCACGGCUACUUCUGCGAGGUCAUGUUCACCGCUGCCUGGGACUUUGCGGUGAACUGCAACUGGAAGUUCCCCGGCGUGACCAGCGUGUGGGCGCUCUUCAUCUACGGCACCUGCAUCCUCACCGUGGAGCGCAUGUACCUGAGGCUGCGCGGCCGCUGCCCCGUGCUGCUGCGCUGCCUCAUCUACACCUUGUGGACGUACCUGUGGGAGUUCAGCACUGGGCUGCUGCUGCGCCAGUUCAACGCCUGCCCCUGGGACUACUCCGAGUUCCGCUACAACUUCAUGGGGUUGAUCACGGCCGAGUACGCCGUGCCCUGGUUCUGCGCCUCCUUCAUCGUGGAGCGGUUGGUCAUCCGCAAUACGCUGCGACUGCGCCACCACGAGGGGCCGAAGGACGGCUGGUCGGACCAGGGGUCGGACACUGGGGGCGGAGGAGCAGCAGGAGGAACUCUGGGAGCUGGGAGGAGGAGCAGAGGGAUGGGAGAGAGCGCUAACGGUUACCUUAAAGUGGACUAA